GCAUUUAAGUCCCCACACUUAAUAACACUCGAGGUUUGAUUUAGUUUAGAGCAGUGUGAGGAAGGUCAAAAACGCAUCCGUUUUUCCAGUGCCAACAUAAAUAUUUUUCCGUAUCCACGAUUAUAAGGGAAAUUUUCGUCGAUCUAUUUUAAUUUCAAGUCAAAAUGUCGAAUCCUUCCGAGGUUUUAUGCAGCGUACGCAAUGCAUUUUCCACCGGAAUCACGAAAAACGCUCCAUUCCGUCUCAACCAAUUAAAAGCACUUUUACGUUUAUACGAAGAAAACGCCCCUGCUAUGAUCGCAGCUCUGGCUGAAGACCUUCACAAAUCCAAAUACGAAUCAAUCCUAUCCGAAGUCGACUAUUUAAAAAACGACGUUCUCAACAUGAUCUACAACCUUUCAUCAUGGAUGGAACCUGAAAAACCCGAAAAAACCUUAGUCAACAUCAUGGACCAACUCCUAAUCCACAAAGAGCCCUACGGCGUGGUCCUCAUCAUCGGUGCUUGGAAUUACCCCCUCCAACUCGUCUUCGCCCCCCUUGCUGGAGCCAUCGCAGCUGGAAAUUGUGCCAUUUUGAAACCCUCAGAAGUGUCAUCAGCUUCAUCUAAACUAAUUGCAGAACUUGUCCCCAAAUACCUCGACAAUGAUUGUUUCAAAGUCAUCGAAGGCGGAGUUGCUGAAACUUCAGCACUUCUGAAGUUGCGUUUUGAUUAUAUUUUCUUCACGGGUUCGACACAUAUUGCAAAGAUUGUGAGCGAAGCUGCGGCCAAAUUUCUAACACCGGUCACUCUUGAACUUGGAGGAAAAAGCCCGGUUUAUGUUGACAAUACUGUUGACAUAGAAAUAGCAGUCAACAGGAUCAUGUGGGGGAAAUGUCUCAACUCGGGGCAAACUUGCAUCGCCCCUGACUAUCUUUUAUGCUCGAAGGAAGUCCAAGAGAAGUUUAUCGAGACUGCUAAGAAGGUUAUACCACAGUGGUAUGGCGACAAAGUUAAACAAUCGCCCGAUUAUGGCAGAAUUAUCAAUGAUAAUCACUUCAAACGCAUCAUGAGAUUACUAGAAGGCACAAAAAUUGCCUAUGGGGGAGAAUAUGACUCUCAAGAGCGUUACAUCUCACCCACGAUUGUCGUCGAUGUGAAACCUACAGAUCCUAUAAUGCAAGAAGAGAUUUUCGGCCCGAUUUUGCCCAUAAUCAUCGUAGAUAACGCAGUCGAUGCGAUUAAUUUUGUUAAUCAAGGGGAAAAACCAUUGGCUUUGUAUGUGUUUUCAAAUAAGAAGACUGACAUUGAUUUAUUCAUCAAAAAUACAUCGAGUGGUGGUGUCUGUAUUAAUGAUACUUUAAUGCAGUUUUCAUGUGAGAGUUUACCUUUUGGAGGAGUUGGUAAUAGUGGGCUUGGGGCGUACCAUGGGAAGUACAGCUUUGAUACUUUUACUCACAAGAAGGGUACUUUAGUUAAGAAUGCGGGGAAGUUGGGUGAAAAGUUACAAAAUGCGAGGUAUCCACCCUAUAAUGAAAGCAAGUCGAAGUUUCUUAGCACCAUGUUGAAGAAAAGGCCAACGAUUCCGAUGACGUAUAUGUGGCAUUUUAUUAGUUUUGGGCUGGGAGUUGUGGCUACUUUGGCGGUGAAAUGUGCGUGUAAUUAUAUGGAGUAUAAAAAUAAGAAACAAUUUUAAGUCUUUCAAUUUUUUAUGGAGUUUAUAUUUGUUGUUUGUAAUAUGUUACUUUAUUAAAUAAUGAAACUAGA